AUGUCUCUCCCGGAGUUUUCCCACGACCUGGUCGAGGUCGAAAAUGACCUAAAGGCCACAACCGGUAGACCUCGCCCUGUCCCGGAUUCCACUAAGCGCGCACAACGGGACGCACUCGUGGCGCUCAACGAUGUUAUCAAGAAGCUCAAUUUAGAGCGAACAGAUAUUGAAAAUGAAAUCAUCCGCCAGCGUGCUGUCCUCGCCGAUCAAAUGGCACGUCUCUCUACUACGAAUGAGAACAUCCAGAGCCUACAGAAAGUGUGGGAAGACAUGGCAGCUGGGUUCGGACUACCGUGCAAGAAGUGA